CUCAUUGAACUUCCAAGAACCACAACCAGUUCGUCGAUGGCUACGGCGAAGCUCGUGCUGACAUUAUUUACGAUUUUCUUCUUCUCAUUCAUCUCCUCCAGCUUGGCCAUUGUUUCCACAAGUUGGUGCAACAAGACUCCUUACCCGGAACAGUGCAAGUACUUCAUGCAAAAUGCGCCACGACGCUUUGUGCCGGCGCGCAUGUCCGAGUUCAGGAAGAUGGCUGUCGAGAUGGCCAUGGAAGGUGCCCUGCAGGCCCAGAGCCACAACAAGUGGCUUGGCCCGAAGUGCCGCGGCCACAAGGAACGGGCCGCGUGGGCCGACUGCUUGAAGCUCUAUCAGGAGACCAUCCACCGCCUCAACCGCACAGCCGGCGACUGCACUGACUCGGACCAGCAGACCUGGCUCAGCGCCGCGUUGACAAACCUCGACACCUGUCGGACUGGGUUUGCAGAGCUCGGCGUCGCGGACUAUGUGUUCCAGCUCAUGUACAACAGCAAUGUCACCAAGCUCAUAAGCAACGCUUUGGCCUUGAAAAAUAAUAAUGCCUCCUCCUCGGCCACGCAAGACACUACACACAACGAUGGACAAGGUUUUCCCAGUUGGGUCACUGCUGGCGUUAGGCGACUCCUGCAGUCGGCUUCCCCGACCCCAGACGUCACGGUGGCUCAGGACGGCUCAGGGAAUUUUCGGACAAUUCAGCAGGCGCUUGAUGCGGCGGCAAAGAGGAGCGGAAGCAAGAGGUUUGUGAUCUAUGUGAAGAGAGGGGUUUAUCAGGAGAAUCUUGUAAUAGGGAGUGGGCUCGAUAACAUAAUGAUGGUCGGUGAUGGACUGAGAUUUACCGUUAUCACCGGCAGCCGGAGCGUUGGUGGGGGCUCCACCACCUUCAACUCAGCCACCGUCGCUGUAACAGGUGAUGGAUUCAUUGCACGAGGAAUCACAUUCCGCAACACUGCCGGUCCACAAAACCACCAAGCCGUGGCUCUCCGAUCCGGUUCCGACCUCUCUGUGUUCUAUCGUUGUGGAUUCGAGGGCUAUCAGGACACUCUCUACGUCCACUCCGAACGCCAGUUCUACAAAGAAUGCUACAUUUAUGGCACCGUCGACUUCAUCUUUGGAAACGCGGCCGUGGUCCUACAGAAUUGCAUGAUCUAUGCGCGAAGGCCUAUGAGUGGCCAGAAGAACACGAUCACAGCCCAAGGUCGGACGGACCCGAAUCAAAACACAGGGAUCUCAAUCCACAAUUCAAGGGUCAUGGCUGCGCCCGAUCUAAAACCGGUGCUUAGCUCCUUCAAAUCAUACUUGGGACGACCAUGGAAACAAUAUUCUCGUACCGUAUAUCUGCAAACUUACCUUGAUACACUAAUUGAUCCGGCUGGUUGGCUAGAAUGGGAUGGUAAUUUUGCACUAAGUACGUUGUACUACGGAGAAUAUAAGAACCUCGGCCCGGCAGCUUGGACAAGUGGCCGUGUGAAGUGGCCAGGUUAUCGGGUCAUAACGAGCUCAAGUGAAGCCUCGAAAUUCACCGUCGCCAACUUUAUAGCGGGGCAAUCAUGGUUGCCGUCCACCGGAGUCCCGUUUACUCCCGGCCUUUGAAGAAGUUCUUUCGAUGUAUGUUCUGUCGAGUUAAAUCACGGCAUUUUUUUUUCAUUCGCUUUGCUACAAUAACCACGUUAACGUGUUGAUAUUGCCUCAUACAGGAAACGCAGAAUUCUUGUGACCAAAUUGUCUAAUCUAUAAUUGGAUUAAUAAGAGGUGGGAUCUUUCUGUUGUU